AUGCAACGGCGUGCGGAGGAGCACGUAGGGGAAGGAAGCACGGCUCCCGGCGACACUGCGGAUUUUCCGGCCGCGUCCAACUUUGCCACCCAAGGCUUGCGUUUAUCCACGUCGCCGCACAGUGCAAAGUCGCGCAUCAUGGAGACGUCCAUUUUGCAGGAAGCGUCGUCGCCCGCGCAAUCCAUGUCAGGAUACUCGUCUGUAGAUGCAGAAUCGCGUAUUUGGAACGAAGGAGAGCGGUCACUGCAUGCGAACGAGUCGCCGCUGAAGAACAGUGUGUGGUACACACCGCUCAGCGGCGCGUCGCACAGCCGCGGCGCGCUGGACAUGUCGCCCACACGCCCCACUACGUCCACGAGCAACACAAGCAACAUAUCCGGCCGCACAUUUUUCAGUACCUCUUCGAACGACGCGGAACUACGCAAGACGCAGUCUGUCGGCGGGUGCGCCCUGUCGGGCAAACGCACACCGCGGCUCGCGAAAGGACUGCAGCAGCCCUCGACAGUCACAUCGUCGCCCACUGCCGACGAUGGGGAGCGCACGAUGCAGCGCGCGUCAGUCGAUUCGCCGCAAAACUCUAUGGCACAGGUGGACGUUCCCCUUUUCCGCCGGAGUCCAUACAUCGGCGCUGAUUGUCCGAGGCGAUCAGCUGCGGUGCAGAAACUGCCCAGCAGCAUGUCUUUGCACACGAGCAGCACGCACUCCCCAUCGUCGCUUUUGGACGAUCUGCUCAUCUCCCACACCGCGCUGGAAGUCCAGCGCCACGAAGCGCUGCCGCUAGAGCAAGUCGGCGCUUUAGCGCGCCGGCACAUCGAUCUGGAGUGGCGCAUGGAAGACUUGCACGAAAAGAUUACUACCCGGCAGCGCAUCCGCGACGCGACGAAUGCACUGCACACUGCCAACUGGGCGGUCGCCUCAGUGCCGGCAAAACAAGCCGUCAACGAGCUGUACACGGCGAAUGUGGAAAUGGUCGAGGCGAUGAGCCGCACCGACGCGGUGAUGAACGAGUACGCCGCACUCGCCGAGGAGAAGCACAAGAUCGAGACGCGCCUUUUGCAGCACCACGCUGCAGUUCUGCGCGAUCGCUUGUCGCGACCAGCGCACAGUACAGUAGACGACGCAGCAGCUAAGCUGCAUCAAGCGCUGCGCGACGCGGAGCGCGCCACCGACGCGGAAGAGGGGCACCAGCAGCUCGAAAAAGAACGCCACUCCAAGCUUGCUUUCUUGGACCACUUGGUGCUUGCAAUGGACGACCGCUUUUCCGCAGACCGUACACUGUAUGCGCCGGAGCCCUUUGCAGCGCAGCAUGCAGAAAGCGCGCAGCUUUCCAGCACACAGCCAGCGCUCGAAAAAGCCGUGCAGGAUUUGCACGAGCAGUAUCUUGCUUUGGAGCAGACAUUCUCGCAGGAACAGGACCGCAGCCGUCUCUUGUCGCGGCAGCUCAGCGACCACAGCGCGAGCUCCGCGAGCUCCGCGGAGCCACUCGACUUGCCCGCAGACCUUGAGGCGGAGCUGCUUGCUUUGCGCGCGAUGCGUGCUGAGCUUACACAGGCGCUUCAGCAAGAGCGCGACAAGAAUGCCGAGCUCGCGCGGCAGUUUGACGAGUCGCGAACCGAGGCGUCCGAAAACGCGCCGGCGCACGCGCCGGACGAUGGGCUUGUCAAGAGAGAUGCUUUGCACGCACGCAGUGCAGGGCAGCUCAAGCGCGCACCUGCAGGCAUCAACGUUUCGGGCAUCCGCGCCGCGAGCGAUGCGCUGCUCUUCCAGGCGCAGUUGGAGGCCGAGCAUGAAAGCAACCUUGUGCUCCAGGCCCAGCUGGCGUCGCUUACCGAAGAGUGCCAUGCACUGCGUGUUGCAGCAUCCGAGACGCCAUCCAUGCCGGACGUGAAGCAGGUCGCCUCGGAGGACGCCCAAGGCACCGUGCGGAAUAUAGGUACAGAGGCCGUCGUGAAUGCGCACCCACGCGCCGCCAACGAGCCACGUCGCGCGCCGAACUCUUCCGGCUUGUCCCCUUCACGCAUUGCGCCGUUCUCCUUGUGUGCCUCGCCGCACCGUGUGCACGAAUCUGCACUGCGCCUCGAUACCGGCGCACUUUCCCCAAGCUCUCUUGAUGCGGCGCUUGAGAGCGAGCAGGAUCCUCUGAUUCUAUUCACACCCAGCUUGCCCGACACGGCCCUGCCCAAAGAAGGGGCGGAGGACGCGUUUGCGUUUGAAUCGAUCGGCCCCACCACCGAAGUCGUGCUUACCGAGGCGCCGGGGCGUGUGGAGUGGUCCAAAGCGCAAGUGAUAGACCCCAGCCACGACGGUGCGUCGCCUGCGCCAGAGGUGAAGCGGCAAGAAGUCGACAUUGUGCAGGCGGCACAGGCGGAGAACGAGUCGGUGGCACACAAGCACCGCCAAACUGUGAUUGUUCAGCCGGAUUCGCCUGCAGAGGCGCUUGAUCUGCCCGCACUGCACUCCACUUCGAUACCGUCUCCGCUGCCAUCGCCCGAGCCCACCAUCCGCAAAGCGGUGGUCGAGACGGAACGCAAAGUAUGUGACACGGGCCAUGUGGUCGAGACGGAGAGCAUCGCAGCGGCCGACGGAGCCACCGGCGCACAAGACUCUGCGCCCGCUGGCCCUGCGCCCUCGGAAGUGUUUGCAUUUGAGUCGAUCGGGCCCUAUGAGCAGUCGAGUCUCACAGUCACAAAUCCCUCGCCGAGUGCACACAGCGACGCUGCGUGCGGAUGGAACCAGUUGGCGGAAUCUCCGCGCGCUGACAUGCGAGCAACAGAUUUGUUUUCGCCCAGCACACCGCACUUUACCUUGCGCUCGAGCACGCCCGAUGGCACACUGGAUACCCCUCGGCGCUCAGACGAAGGGCUGCACCGAAGCAAGCACGAUGCGCGUAUCCGUUUCUUGGAGCUGCAGCUUGAUCGGCACCGGCGCGCAGCCGAGCAGUCCAAACGCGCCUACGACGAGCUAAGGGAAAAGUACGACACCGAGCUCCAUGCAAACGAAGGGCAUAUGAUUGUCGCACGUACGUGGGCCGAGGAAUGGCACCGCCUCACGGAGCGGCUCGCACAACAGGACAGGUUUUGCGCGCGUGUCCUCGGAAAAGACGACGGGCGCGAAGAAAUGGACGGCUUAUUGGACCAGAUCAAGUCGUCCUACUCGUCGCGUCCGCCCAAGGCCGCGCUCAUGGACCGCUCGCGUGCCGCUGUGGAAGAGUUCAACAUGCUUAUUUCCCACUUGGAGGAGCAUGUGAGCGAUAUGGCGCAAGGACUUGCGCGUGCAGGUGCAAGUGGAUUCGGCAGCAAUAUCAUGGCCCAGCUCGAGGACCAGAUCGAGAGUUUGCAGGAGCAGAUCAGUGCGCGCGACGCCGAGCUCGCCGCGACGCUGCAAGGGACUGGCGAGGGCUCUGCCACGGCACUCCUCGCGCGCGCACGCGCAGCCGAAGAGCAAGUCGCCAUGUGUUUCUUUGGCUUCGCGAUGCUCAGUGCACUUUUGCCCGAGCGCGAUGCCUUGGCGCACAGUCUUUCGCUGCCCAUGCACGCACUGCAGGCCAUGUUUGCGGGCCCGACGUGCGGCACGCCCAGCACGUUCGAUGCAGUGUACGCCGCGUACGGCGCUGGAUUCCAGCACGCCGCGCAGCUGCUGCAAGCUGGAAACCAUGGACGGCGUGUGCACGGCGCCGAAUUUGCGCUGCGCCUCGAGCAUAUCCUGCAUGCGCUUCCGGGCGAGAUGCGUGCUGCGCUGCCGACGUUGCUGGAGGAUGUGUUUGGCAGGGUGAUUGGCACGCUCGAUACGGGCCGGAUGACUCUGUGCACAACUAUGUAG